UCUUGUGUGGUAAUGAGUUUAAUCGUUUGAAAACCGAUCAUGUGAAAAGCCUUUGACGACAUAUGACCAUAGUGGAAUCCUAAGUCUGGGCGACGAGAGGUAUGGUAACGAUUUCGAGCAAUGGAGAUACAAUGAAGUGGGACCUCAUUGGUUCCUGGAUAUGGACAUGUUUACCAUGUUCCGAUGCAGAGCCGCAAUGUCUGGGGUGCUCAUUCAUCCCCAGUGGUGCAACCUCCUGUCCAUCGACGAUCUCAUCUAUAGAGAGGUGUGUGUGGAGCUCUACUCCACUUUCAUUCACGAGGUGCCCACCAACAAGCGUAACCGCUCGUACGUGGAUUUUAUGCUCGAGGAACAUCACCACAUAUUGACCUAUGACGGUUUUACUCAGGCCAUGAGUCUCGACACCACUUUGAUAACCAUGUCGGAGAGGGAGUAUGCUAGAGACUUCAAGCAUCAUGAAUCAUACCUAACUAUUUGCCACCAGGAGCACCAAGGUCACCAGUUUUGAGUAGCGAACACCAAUGCAUUCAAGCUCCAGACCCCAUGGAGGAUCCUACAUAUGCUGCUCACCCGCUCUAUGGUCCCCAGUCUGCAGCCUGGGCACAUAGUCACCAAUAUAGGGUUGAUGGCCCUCCAUACUAUGAGCCGACCACUCUAUCUUGGUUAAGUGAUUGCUACCACUUUUGCAAGAAUGCUAGCUCGAGAUCGAGUGGACACGAUGAAUUUGGGGGGGGGGGGGGGCAUCAUCCCAAGGCCGCGAAUACACAAGGUUCUCUACC